AUGAUCCACUAUACCUUUCUGAACCCGAGUGAAACAAUUACAGCAGAAAAGUACUGCCAGCAAAUCGACGAAAUGCACCAGGAGCUGCGAAGUUUAUGCCCGGCAUUGAUCAACAGAAAAGGAGCAAUCCUACUUCAUGACAACGCUAGACCUCACGUCUCAUUGAUCACACGGCAAAAGCUGCAUGAGUUGAACUAUGAAUCUCUGGAUCAUCCACCAUACUCGCCAGACCUUUCGCCUACUGAUUUUCACUUUUUCAAGCACCUUGAUAACUUCUUGCAGGAGAAACACUUCAGAAACCAAGACGAUGCAGAAACUGCCUUCGAUGAGUUCAUCGCUUCCAGAACCCCAGACUUUUAUGAUAUUGGCAUUAAGAAGCUCGUUUCUCAUUGGCAAAAGUGCAUUAAUUGUAAUGGAGAUUACUUUGAUUAA